AUGAAGAAUCGUCAGAGAAAUCUUGAUGUGGUACAUCAUGGGCUUGUAUUAAUCAGUGAUGGUAAAGGACGAGGAAGACCAUCCAGACUUCUAUUAUCCAGAGAUCAAUUGUCGAUAGAGAUACCUAGCGACGGUACUACAAAUGAGGUCGAUACAGAAGCACCUGAUGAUCAAACUCGAACAAUUGUGAUUAAACGAAAAGGAGGUGGGCUCGGAUUGUCAAUAAAGGGUGGAACCGAAAAUGCUCAAAAUCUGCCUAUUGUUAUAUCGAAAAUUUUUCCUGGGAUGCCAGCAGAUCAAACGGGUCAGUUGUAUGUGGGCGAUGCGAUUGUAGAAGUUAAUGGUGAACCGGUGGAAGGUCGAUCACAUGAUGAAGUAGUGGAAAUGUUGAAAGCUGAAGGAGAUGAACUUCGACUUGGAGUACGACAUUAUUCGAACAUAGCCUCUUACCUGAAACCAGCACAAUCAUUGCAACCAGGAAGAUCUGGAGGUGCUCUGGAUAAAAUCUAUGAACCAAAUACAUGGAAGUCUGCUAUGAAAGCUCAAUCCGACUUAGGUUUAUACGAUGGAAAAGAAAAAUCAACAGGUGGUGAAGGAAAAGAUGAGAAAUGGAAAACAAUUACAGUUAUACCAUUACCGAUGGCAUAUCUUACACGAUAUCUUUGGGGGACCGACAAUCUCAGAACAAAUUCUUUUGAAGUACGAGCGGUGGACGGUUCGUCAACCGGUAUUAUUCACUGUGAAGACGCUCGUGCACUUGAACAAUGGAUUGGACAUAUCAAUAAUCAUAUACAAUCACUUAAUCAUAAAAGUAUUAAGAUGAGCAACAAAUAUCUUCAUCAGAGUGAACAGAUAUCCUACAUUGGAUGGGUGAAUGAAUAUAUGAGUGAAGGAUUAUCUGAAGAUCCAAAACAAAAAUGGGAGCCUCGAUUUUUAAUUCUGAAAGGAGGCGAUGUGUGCUUAUUCGAAAGUCCACCGCUCAGCUCUGAAGAUUUGAAUAAAUGCCUCUAUCUUUACAAAAGUUACGAUAUCGCCAUUAAACAGGUUCCAAACGAUUCUCGUCGUCUUGAUAAACGAGAAAAUUGUUUCUACCUGGAAACAUGUAUGGCGGACGGGACAAGACACUAUCUUUCGUUCGAAACACCUCAAAUGCUGGAAAUUUUCGAAGCUGCGUAUCACAAAAGUGUUUAUGCAACCGUGAUUGCGAUGCAGACUCGUACAUUCGCGUGCAGUUAUGAAGGUAGACCGAGCGGUUUAGUGUUGGAUAUUAAACAAGGGAUAAGUCUAUACGAUAUUCCUACGAAGAGCUAUAUAUGGCAAUAUCGAUUUCGAGAUCUACAUUCAUCGUCGGAUGAUGGAAAAGUUCACGUACAACUCGUGUUUCGUGACGAUAGAUCACUGGAUCCUGCAAAACUUGAAACAAAGGAUAUUGAAUGUGAUGAAGUGUUGGCGGUAACGUACAAUUUGCACUCAUUCCUCGUUACGAAAAUUGUCGCCGCUGAUCCGGACUUCUUGAAGAUGAAUCCACUCUUAUAA